AUGGCGGUGGGCAGUACCGCGGUUUCGCAAGAUUCCCGGCCGCACGGCGACGCGCCAUCCAAAGCCGACGGUGAUACCUUCGGCUCUAGCCUGUCUACUAGGUCGUCCGACGAGAAGGCCGAUAUCCAGGAACCGUGGGACAGCAGCGAACUCGGAGCAGUAGGCCUAGCGAAGCUCCUGUGCUACCGCUACGGCCUGGUCGUGACGGCCAUGAGUCUGCUCAUGGUCGUCGUGGGCUACGGCGCGCCGGCAUUGGUGCGAGCGUACGCGCUGAGCUGCACCGACCCGGGCUGCCUGGAGCCCACCGCGGCGCUCGAGCGCUCGGUGGCCGACGCCCGCGGGGACCCUUGCGACGACUUCUACGGUUUCGUUUGCGGAGGGUGGCAAAGGGAAAACCCCGGAGUCGCAAGCCAUUUCCAGACUCUGCAGCAGCGCGUCGCCACGGCGGCGAUCAUUAGCCUCGUGCUGGAUGAUGGUGAGGGUGCACUUCCCUCGCACCAGGUGGCGCGCCUUUUCCAACGCUGCGGACAGGUGGCCUUCAACGGGCAGCACAGGAUCGACGAGCUGCACGCCUUCCUCGACCGCUUCAACCUCAGCUGGCCGACGCCGCCUUCGAGGUCCAAGCUGGAAACUCUGGACGUGAUGGUGUCCUUGUCCCUGGACUGGGGCAUACCGGUGUUCUUCCAGUUGAGCGUGGACCGCUACUUCAAGCGUCCAGGCUUCCGCACUCUUCACUUCUCCGGCAACCCGUACUUGCUCGAGUGGUUCAUGACGCGCAACGCGCUCCAGGAGAGGGGCGUCCUCCUCGCCUACUUCGACCGCGUUUCGCUCAUUAUGAACGGCUCGAGCGCGUCGAAGCGCGUCGUCGAAGAGGUACUCCAACUGGACAACCACGUGCUCAUGACAAUGGUGCCCUCUCUGGUGGAUCCGCGACCGGACACCGACCUAGUGUACGUGGUCAUGGAGCAGCUGGACUACAUCACGGGGCCUUACCUAUCCACAUCUGAGUGGCUUCUAGUCCUAAACAAGCACUUGCCCGUGGAACUGGGGCCCAAAGACGAGAUUUUCGUCAUGAACAAGCGGCUACUGCGACUACUUGGGGUACUUGUCGGCAACCUAGAGGACACCAAUAAUCUGCUCGCUUACGUCACUUGGCACGUGACGCGGCAUCUCGCGAGCGUCACUUCGUAUCCGCUAUCGCGCGCCCAGUUCGCAGACGGGCCCAGCGCCGACGCGAACACGCUGGGCUACAUGAUGGGUCGCUGCUACAUGGACGCCGACACGGCGAUGCCGUUCGCCUUCGCGCACGUCUUCAACCAACGCUGGCUUCCCGCGGACUCCGUGGGCCACGCGAGAAGCGUGUUGGACAACAUUCACACUGUGGCCAACAAGUCCAUGGCCUCGCUGACCUGGAUGGACGAGGAAACCAAGAGCGGAGCGCUCGAAAAGCUGGCCACCCUGCGCGCCAUCGUGGGCAACCUGGAGCGCGAUUCCGAAGAAGACUCUCUGCGAUGCCUCUAUCCGUACGUACCCGAACUUAGCGGCUCGUACCUGGACAUGGCGCUCGCGUUUCGCUCGGCGGAGCUGCGCCACGCCAAGAGGUUCUUGCGGGUCAACGAGUCCUCGGCGCCGUCGUCCUCAUACGAAGUCAGCGUGCCGUUGACGCUCGUCAACGCGUUCUACUUGCCCGUGUACCACGUGAUGGUGAUCCCGGCAGCCAUACUGUAUCCGCCGUUCUACGUGGCGGGCUACCCGGCGUCCUACAACUACGGCAGCCUGGGCCACGUCGUGGGCCACGAGAUGACUCACGCGUUCGACCCGGACCUGGGACUGUACGGGCGCGACGGCCUCCGGCACAACUGGUGGACGCCCGCCUCCCAGGAGAGGUUCGCGGGCAAGCUGAGGUGCCUACGGCGCCUCUACAACGAGAGACCCUGGUCCGGAGGCGCCAACUUCGGGGAGCACGCUCUGUCCGAGAACUUCGCCGACAGUGGAGGCAUGAUCAAGGCUUACAAGGCCUACCGGGCGAGCGCCCAGCGAGCGCGCAGCUGUGCCACCGGGACUCUCCAAAUUCAGCGAUGA